UGUUUAUUUAUCUCUUUAAAUCACAUCCACUGUUUACAGACCUAACCCAAACUCCCAAUUCCUCUGUUCAAAGAUAGCAAACAAAUCAUGUAUCGUCUCCCCACUUCGUGUAUGAUCUUGUUCUUCAUCUUCUACAGGUUUCACCAAAUUCUUUGUGCUUCAAGUGAAAAAGAAAUUGGGAGGUGUGACGCUCUGUUCCAGUGCGGGGACGUCACCGCUGGCUUCCCAUUCUCAGGUAGGAAUCGUCCAGAAGUUUGCGGUCAUCCAUUACUGCGGCUUCACUGUAUCAAUAACAUCACCUCUUUAAUCAUCUCAAACCAAGAGUUCUAUGUUCUGAAAAUAAAUAAAACAUCUAACACUCUUACACUUGCCAGACCAGACCUUUUAGGUUCCUUUUGCUCCUCUACCUUCACCAAGGCAACCUUGCCCACAGAAAUUUUCGAACUGUCGCCAACCUACAAGAGCGUCAAUGUAUUCUACCUCUGCGCCCCUUUUCUUUCUUACCCUUCGAGCUCUAAAUGUCCUGAGAUAGGUCCGAUCUCAAUUUCUGAAAAACCUGAAUAUAAUAACACCUGCCGAGAGAGUUUCACCGUAAACCUUCCAACGAGUUUUCUUCCAGAAGAGAAAGAGUUAAAUAUGACACACUUGGAAAGUGCUCUUAGAGAAGGGUUUGAGGUGAAGGUGAAUAUCGAUGAGAAUGCUUGUCAAGAAUGUUUAUCCUCUCAUGCUUUAUGUGGCUUCGACCAAACCUUUCCAUCAGGAGUUAAAUGCGCUCCACUCUAUCCUCCUGAUGCUGAUGACAUUCGCAGACGUUGUAGUGCCUCGUUUAGCUGUGGGGAUCAAAAAGAUCUCAUGUACCCUUUCUGGAUUCCUGGUAGGGAAGAUUGCGGCCACCCUGACUUCAAGCUAGAAUGCAACGCAAGUUUCGCAGAGCUUACAAUCUUCUCUGUCAAGUUCAGAAUCUUAGAGAUGGACUAUAGUUCUCGUGUCAUAAGACUUUCAAGAUCGGAUUAUAUCAGCAAUAUUUGUCCGCUAAACCCAGUAAGUGCGCCAUUUGACGAAAAUGUGAUCCCAUUCUCUCCGGACACCGAAAUGCUGACAAUUUAUUACGACUGCCGCACAGAGCUUUCACAGUCUGUUUCUACUUAUGUUGGAGAGAUUUCUUGUCAUGAUGAUGUGCGGAGUUACUAUGUAACUAGAAACCUCUCUUCCCCUUUGCUUAGCGGGGUUAGAGGCCUUAUAAAUGACUUCAAGGGUAUUUGCAGAAGAAAUGUCAGUAUUCCUGCAUCUAGACCCGCACUGGAUACACUAGAGAGAACACCGACUCCAGAUAAUCUGAAGAAGGCUCUUGAAGAAGGUUUUGAUCUUGCAUUUAACGAAGAUUGUUCCUUGUGCAUGGUCUCUGGGGGUGCAUGUGGAUACACUCAGAUUUCAAGCAGAUUCGUUUGCUAUUGUGACGGUUGGGUUCAUACCAAUAUAUGUGAUCAUCUCUUUUGGGGGUUUUCUAUUAAAGCGAAACUAGGAAUCGGAGUUGUUUUUUGGGGAUCAGUGGUCAGCUUAUUUUUGGUAGGAAUCUUCUAUGCCAUGUGGUGCACAAAGAAGACAUCAGACGAUCUUAGACAACACGAUCUAAAGGCCCUUAUUCCACUGAAACAGUAUAGCUACGCGCAAGUAAAGAUAAUUACAAAGUCAUUCGUUGAAAGGGUUGGGAAAGGCGGAUUUGGAACAGUUUACAGAGGAACCCUUUGUGAUGGUCGUAGUGUUGCAGUGAAGAUCUUGAAAGACUCAAAGGGAAAUGGGGAAGACUUCAUCAAUGAAGUUGCGAGCAUAAGCAAAACUUCUCAUGUCAACAUUGUAGACCUACUUGGAUUCUGCGUUGAAGGUUCAAAGAGAGCAAUUCUCUAUGAAUUUCUUGAAAAUGGAUCGCUUGAUAGGUUUAUCUCCAAAAAUGCUUCAAUGAGUUUGGAUUGGAUGACACUACACAAUAUCUCUUUAGGAAUUGCUCGAGGUCUGGAGUACUUGCACCAUGGCUGCAAAGCAAGGAUUGUACAUUUUGACAUAAAACCACAUAAUAUACUGUUAGACGAAAAUCUUUGCCCAAAAGUUUCAGACUUUGGCCUUGCUAAGCUCUGCAAGAAGAAGGAAAGUAUCUUGUCACCACUGGGCACAAGAGGAACGAUAGGGUACAUUGCACCUGAAGUGUUUUCAAGAAUGUAUGGUAGCGUUUCCCACAAGUCAGAUGUGUACAGCUAUGGUAUGCUAGUCCUUGAGAUGAUUGGAGCAAGGAACAAAGAACGAGCUGAUCAAAACUCUGCAUCAAACGCAAGUUCAAUGUACUUUCCAGAUUGGAUAUAUAAGGAUCUGGAGAAAGGAGAGAAUGAAAGGCUUAAGGGGAGUGGAAUCAUCAGCGAAGAGGAGGAGAUAGCAAAGAAGAUGACACUGGUGGGUUUGUGGUGUAUUCAGUCAUCUCCAUCAGAUCGUCCACCGAUGAACAGAGUGGUAGAGAUGAUGGAAGGAAACUUGGACGCUCUCGAAGUCCCACCUAGGCCUGUUUUGCAAAUUCCCCCAGCUCCUCUUCAGGAUUCUUCUACACUUUCUGAGGAUGUUUCUGCUUCAACAGAAGUAUAAUCCAUGAAUAUCACAUAAAGAAAUAAUAUAUAAACGUACUAAAAUAGUAGUAUGUUUUAAAUCUCUCAUUUAAGAUAUUACUUUUUGUUUUUGACCGCUCCAAAAAAAUAUCUACAUUGUUUAUAUAAACCCAUCAUACUUUCAAUAUCAGCUAUCCCAUUAUAUGGCAGCUUCCUCUG